UUGCCUUUACCAAUUUCAACUCGAAUAUGUAUCCUUAGGACGUGAGCAACGAAUGCUGAAGUAUUGAUCCGUGUAUAACCGGAUACGGUACUGCCAUUGACGCAGAAAAGCAUCCAAUAAAUUCAAACGAUACUGAUGUAAUAUAAAGCGUAGCAGCACCCAAAAAAAAAACAGACAUUACCUCAAAUUAAUCGAUAGUGUUUCGAACGCCAUUACAUUCCAUUUCCGUUGCGGGUAACGGAAGCAUAAUAAAAGAUCAAAGCAUGUUUUACGGCCUGCGGCUUGUGGUUUGCAGCUGAAGUGGUGUCGAUAAAAUAAAAAGCAGCCAACGACGCAUUACAAAAUGGCACCAGUCUUUCCAUUACACAACGCCCGCCUGCCCCACGUGGCAUUCGAUAAGGAAUUGCGCACCCGGAUGCAUAAUGAGCGCGUAUCGUUUACGGAAAAUCUUCGCGAGUACUGCCUCAACACGACCAUUCACGGGCUGAAGUACAUUGGCACUGUCUCGUUGACACUGUGCGAAAGGGCUUACUUUUUCCUCACAUUUCUCGUCGUGACAGCGUGCUCGAUUUACUUCAUCUCGAAAGUGUACAUCAAGUGGCAAUCGUCACCGAUCAUCAUUGGACUGAAUCCGAUUGCGACACACAUUAAGAACAUUCCCUUUCCGGCGGUCACCAUCUGCAACAUGAACCAGGUGCGGCGGGAAGCGGCCGAACGGAUCGAGGAACACACGCUGGAGCAAUCUGUGCUGCAAAGUAUUUGUUCCAUCGAUGGCGAUUUCAACGUUACCCAGUACGAAGGCAAGUGGACCGCAGUGAAGAAGUUACUGUUGAGUGCAACACAACCCUGUUCGGGUAUGCUGAAAGCAUGCCGGUACGCAAAGCAACCGGAAAAGUGCUCGGAAAUCUUCCAAUCCGUCUUUACCGACGAAGGUCUAUGCUGUACGUUUAACACACUCGAUACGGCGUACAUGUUUCGCAAUGCAACCGCCCCAAACAUCUUUCCGACGGAGGUUAGUAGCGGUAGUGGACGAUUCCGACCGAUUCUUUGGACACCGGAGCAAGGAUACGCUGAGCAUCCAUCGAACUCGACCUAUCCACGUGUUAUUGCCGGUACGGGAGUGGCCAUGGGGCUAGCGAUCGUACUCGAUGCGAACGUUACCGAUUACUUCUGUUCGUCUACGUCGUCGACGGGAUUUAAGAUCAUUUUCCACAGCCCAACCGAAACGCCGAAGAUCACGGACUACGCUCAGUACAUACCGGUGGGUUCGGAAAAUCGGAUCAUCAUCACACCGAAGAUCAAUGAUGCGGCUGAUCAGAUUCGCAAGGUAGCACAAACACAGCGACAGUGCGUGUUUGCCAGUGAGGCCAACCUGUCCUACUACAGUGUGUACUCGCGCAACAACUGCGAGCUGGAGUGCGAAGCGAAGUUAAUACUGGAAAACUGUGGCUGUGUUUUGUACUAUCUGCCAAAGCUGUAUGAGGAUACGAAAAUUUGCAGCCGUGCCAAUGCACGUUGUUACGAGCAGAUACGUAGCUCGAUCGCUUUCACCGCAAACACAAGCCUUUCCUGUACCUGUCUGCCCGGGUGUUUCGAGAUUAGCUACAUACCGGAUGUAACGACGGCGGAACUGCAGGUGGGCAAGUUCGGUAUACGCGAGACCUUGCUGGAUAAUGUUAAGGACGAGCAGUACGCGCGGGAGAACCUGGCAUUGAUCUACAUCUUCGUAAAGGAUACAUACUAUCGGAGCUUCACUAAGGGCGAGCUGGUGGGCUUCACGGAUUUUCUCUCGAACGUUGGUGGACUGCUUGGGUUAUUUCUGGGAUUUUCAAUCAUCUCACUCAUCGAGGUCAUCUACUUCGUAACGCUGCGGCCUUACUGUGCAAAGCGAAAGCAAAAAAAUAUAAACCUAAAGCAGCAUAAUGUUGAGUCUAACAACUUAAAUGCAGCACGAAAUGAUCUUCUUUGGUUUGGUUCUAAACCUCCAGCAACGAGGGUUCAAUUUCUUGGCCGUUCGAAUGAUCCUGAUUAUGUUACCGACUAUCAGCAACAAUCUGGACGCAAUGCAAUGGUAAAAGAGUAUGCCACUAUGCUUAAACAUCUUGUUCACUCUCGACUGCAACAGGCUAACGCGUGGAUGCGCAACACGUUCCGUUCGCGACGAAAUCAGCUUGGGCGAGGGUUCGGACAGGAGCGAACCGGAACGUCCUAUCCGUUCUACGACUGA